UUCAACCUAGGAAAGUCUCGAAAUGGUCAACUUCACCAUCGAUCAAAUCCGUCAUAUGAUGAAUAUGACAAACAACAUUCGUAACCUUUCUGUCGUGGCUCACGUCGAUCACGGAAAGUCCACUCUUACCGAUGCCCUCGUGUCGAAGGCCGGUAUUAUUUCGAAGAAGGCUGCUGGAGAUGCCCGUUUCACUGAUACUCGUGCAGAUGAGCAGGAGCGUUGCAUUACUAUUAAGUCUACUGGUAUCUCUCUGUACUUCGAGUACGACCCCGAGACUAUUGACAAGGCUGCUUCCGUGGCUACCCCUGAGGGUGAGGCUGUUGAGGAGGAGAACGUGGAGAUCAAGCACAACUCUUACUUGAUCAACCUUAUCGAUUCUCCGGGACACGUCGACUUCUCUUCUGAGGUGACUGCUGCCCUUCGUGUGACCGAUGGAGCUUUGGUGGUGGUGGACUCUGUUGGUGGAGUGUGCGUGCAGACCGAGACUGUGCUGCGCCAGGCUCUGACUGAGCGUAUUCGCCCUGUGCUGAUGUGCAACAAGCUGGACCGUGUGAUUUCUGAGCUUCAGCUGGACCCUGAGGAGGCUUACCACAAGCUGAUGAAGUCUGUGGAGUCUGUGAACGUGAUCAUUGCCACCUACCCUGAUGAGGCUGUUGGUGAUAUCCAGGUGUAUCCUCAGCACGGAACUGUUGCUUUCGGAUCGGGUCUGCAGCAGUGGGGUUUCACUCUGCGCAAGUUCGCGCGUAUGUACUCGAAGAAGUUCGGUAUUGACGAGACGAAGAUGAUGGAGCGUCUGUGGGGAGACUACUUCUUCGAUGCGGACAGCAAGAAGUGGGAGCGCAAGGCUCAGGGCAAGAAGCCUCUGAAGCGUGCUUUCGUGCAGUUCGUGCUGGAUCCCGUGUACCAGCUGUUCAACGCUGUGAGCGAGGGCCGCAGCGAGAAGUACCUGAAGAUGCUGACGACUCUGGGCGUGAACCUGACGACGGAGGAGAAGGAGCUGCGCGACAAGGCGCUGGUGAAGCGUGUGAUGUCGAAGUGGCUGCCCGCUGCCGAUGCUCUGCUGGAGAUGAUUGUGCUGCACCUGCCCAGCCCCGUGGAGGCUCAGAAGUACCGUGCCAGUCUGCUGUACGACGGACCGGAGGACGAUGAGGCCUGCACCGCCAUGAAGAAGUGCGAUCCUAAUGGUUGCCUGAUGAUGUACGUGUCGAAGAUGGUGCCCACCGCCGAUCAGUCCCGUUUCUACGCUUUCGGUCGUGUGUUCUCCGGAAUCAUCCGCUCGGGCCAGAAGGUGCGCAUUCUGGGACCCAACUACAAGGCGGACAACAAGAACGAUCUGCUGAUCAAGUCCGUGCAGCGUACUGUGAUCAUGAUGGGUCGUACCGUGGAGCAGGUGGCCGAUAUUCCUUGCGGAAACACUUGCGGUCUGGUGGGAGUGGAUCAGUACAUUCUGAAGCAGGCCACUCUGACGGAUUGCGAGACUGCCCUCACGAUCAAGAUGAUGAAGUUCUCCGUGUCCCCUGUGGUGCGUGUGGCUGUGGAGCCCAAGAACCCCGGUGAUCUGCCUCGUCUGGUGGAAGGUCUGAAGCGUCUGUCGAAGUCCGAUCCCAUGGUCGUGAUCACCCACACCGAGACCGGUGAGCACAUCAUUGCCGGAGCUGGAGAGCUGCAUCUGGAGAUUUGUCUGAAGGAUCUUCAGGACGACUUCAUGAAGGGCACUCCCAUCAAGAUCUCGCCUCCUGUGGUGGCGUUCCGCGAGUCCGUGAACAGCGCGACGACGGAGCCUGGUCUGGCCAAGUCCCCCAACAAGCACAACCGUCUCUACGUGAACGUGGAGCCCAUGCCCGACGGUCUGGCGCAGGAGAUCGAGGACCAGAAGGUCACUCCGGAGCAGGAGUUCAAGGAGCGCGCUCGUUACCUGAGCACGAACUACGGAAUGGAUGUGGAGCUGAUGCGUAAGAUCUGGGCUUUCGGUCCCGAUGGCAACGGCCCGAACAUUUUCUGCGAUGCUACGCACGGAGUGCAGUACCUGAACGAAAUCAAGGAGUCCGUGGUGGCUGGAUUCGGCGCUGCCUGCGCUGCGGGUCCGAUGUGCGAUGAGCCCAUCCGCAACAUCAUGUGCAAGCUGAUGGAUGUGACCCUCCACCCCGAUUCCAUCCAUCGUGGUAUGGGACAGAUCAUGCCGCCCGCUCGUCGUGUGGUGCUGGGAACCAUGCUGACCGCCGAUCCCAUCCUGGUCGAGCCCGUGUUCCUCUGCGAGAUCCAGGUGCCUCGUGCUGUGUCUGGAGGUAUCUACGGAGUGCUGACUCGUCGUCGUGGCCACGUGUUCGAGGAAAUCGAUGAGCCCGGAACCCCCAUGAUGAACAUCAAGGCCUAUCUCCCUGUCGCUGAGUCCUUCGGAUUCACCCAGGAUCUGCGUUCGGCUACUGCUGGACAGGCCUUCCCGCAGUGCGUCUUCUCUCACUGGCAGGCUUUCAACGGAGGCGAUCCUCUGGAGAACGGAACAAAGACCAACGAAAUGGUCAAGUCCAUUCGUAACAGAAAGGGAUUGGCUCCUGAAGUCCCCACUUCAGAUCGUUACCUCGAUAAGCUGUAAGCUGUAAAGAUGUUUUGGACCUCCUAGCGA